CGGUAAAUCUCGUGAAGCGAGCUAGACACGGAGGUGCGUCACCGAUUCUCCCAUUUCUCCAUCUCGUCUCAGUUCCUAUAUCUUUUUGUUCCAGAUUCAAGUUAAAAGACCGCGCCAGUUAACACACGUCCACUGAGAUCGAGCAACUCUUCAUCUGUACUUUACUGCAUUUGAUUAGUAGCUGGGAACUGCAUACGAGGCGAUAAUCUUGUCUGCUGACUUACGUCUCUCCCAGCAAAGAUGAGCAAGGAUAGUGAAGUGAAGACAGAGGCCAAAGUAAAGAUGGAAGAGCGUCUGGAGUCAGCCUUGCAGCGCGUCGUUGCUCGGGAGAAACAGAGGCUUGUCCCACAGCUGGAGCUCAUGUGUACACUAGCCAGUCAGAAGGAGCAGGUCCUGGCUGCUCUGAUACAUGCCAGGAAGGAGCGGCAGUGUCCACCAGGGGAUGCAGGAGAUGGUCAGGGCCCAUCCCCUGACAGCCAGGAGGGCCAGCUCCACAUAGACAUUGAUGACCGGCAGACUGCUCUCAUCAACCACAGAAUAGUUAAAGAUGCACUGCAAACUGCAGCUUUCAACAUCCAGUUGCAAGAGGCAGUUCAGAAUGGCCUACAAAAGGUGGAUGUGGAUGAAACAAUGGAUAAUUUAACAGAAAGAGGGGUGCUCUUGGCUCACUGCAGCAGCAGCCUGCAUUCAUACAAAGAGCUUGCCAUUGUAGAGGAACAAAUGGCAAACUUGAACAAGGAGAUCCUUCACCUCCACACUAAGUACUCAUCCAUCCUCAAGAAAAUAAGGCCAAAAUGGGAGGCAUUGCAAGACAAAUUCAUGCAAGUAGGAGAAGAGAACAAGGUACUGAUCCAGAUGCGGGACAAAGCAAGAGAUAGAGAGGGGAAGAUACAGCUGCUGGUGGUGAUGAUUCAGGGUCUUGUAUCAGCAUGUGGCUUCCAGUGGGGUGCCUAUGAGUAUUUUGUGCAGGUGAUGCAGUUGUGUGAUGCAGCAGUGAUGCACCAAGACACUGCCAGGCAGAAUGCCAUCAUAAACCAGAUUUCCAAGAUUCAUGAGGAAAGAGAAAACAUAGGGAGCAGAAGCACGCUGAGGGAAAUGCUAAGUGCCAGCAAGCCUUGAUGCAGAUUACUCUUAAAGGAAUACCAUUGUAAUGAUUUUAUUUUAGUUAUACUCUUAAUUUUUAGGUGUGGGUGAAUGGAAUGGACACAUAUUCUGCUUUUAUUUCUGAGCUCGGUAUAUAUAUAUAUAUAUA